GCCAAGAGCGCCGUUCGCUGUGUAUUGUCCGUACAAACGCAUCUCUAGCGACCGGAAGUAACGUCGCUUGGUGUCCUUAGCUCUUUUCUGUUUCCGUAUCAGAACGAUUCUAGGACUCCGGCUUACCUUAUUUAGCUUGGCGUCGUUGGGUGAUUUGUAGCUUGUGCUCUCAUAACGCGUGGAAGAACCAGACAAAGUGAUCAAGAGGCCGAGAAACCAGAAGGUUCGGGAAGGCGCGAGCGCUGUCAUUAUCCUCGCGAUACCACAGCUAAGAGCUCUCGCGCUUAGACUUGCAGCUCACGACUCACCGGUACCGCGAACAAUCCACCGCCAUGUCCAGGAGAAGGCACAGCGAUGAGAAUGAUGGAGGACAACCUCAUAAGAGGCGGAAAACAUCUGAACCUCUUGAAGACAAAAUAGAGUCCUUGAUAUAUAAAGUUGGGGAGAAGAGUACGUUUUCCUUGGAGAGCAACUUGGAAGGGUUGGCUGGUGUUCUGGAGGCUGACUUGCCAAAUUACAAAAGCAAGAUAUUAAGACUUCUGUGUGCAGUUGCGCGGCUGUUGCCAGUGAAAAUGACUAUUUACACUACAUUAGUGGGACUUCUGAAUGCCAGGAACUACAAUUUUGGCGGGGAAUUUGUAGAAGCCAUGAUUCGCACACUUAAAGAGGCAAUAAAAUCCAACUCGUACAGCGAAGCUACGUAUUUAGUUCACUUUCUGUCUGAUCUUGUGAAUUGCCACGUAAUUGCAGCACCUUCAAUGGUGGCAAUGUUUGAAAACUUUGUUGCAGUUACCCAGGAAGAAGAUAUUCCUCAGGUACGAAGUGACUGGUAUGUCUAUGCUGUUCUCUCCUCACUUAUCUGGGUUGGCAAAGAAUUGUAUGAAAAGAAGGAUGUUGAAAUGGAUCACCUCUUAUCAAAAAUCGAAAGUUACCUCAAAAGACGCCAGAAGCUUCAUGUUUCUAUGUUGCAAGUCUGGUCAGCGGAAAAACCACAUCCACAGGAAGAGUACUUGGAUUGCUUGUGGGCACAGAUUCAGAAGUUAAAAAAAGAUCGCUGGCAGGAAAGGCACAUCCAGCGCCCCUACCUGGCCUUCGACAGCAUUCUGUGUGAAGCUCUGCAGCACAACCUGCCACCGUUCACACCGCCGCCGCACACAGAGGACUCCAUCUAUCCCGUGCCGAGCGUCGUUUUCAGGAUGUUUGAUUAUACGGAUGCCCCAGAAGGCCCUGUCAUGCCUGGCAGUCACUCUGUGGAGCGCUUUGUUAUAGAAGAACAUCUGCAUUGCAUAAUUAAAACCCAUUGGCGCGAGAGAAGAACUUGUGCUGCUCAGUUGCUAAGCUAUCCUUGGAAAACUAAGAUUCCUCUAAACUAUCACAUUGUUGAGGUGAUAUUUGCAGAGCUCUUCCAGCUCCCCGUCACACCCCAUAUUGAAGUCAUGUAUACAACUUUGUUAAUUGAACUUUGUAAACUGCAGCCUGGAUCUUUACCACAAGUGCUUGCACAAGCAACUGAAAUGCUGUACAUGCGUUUGGACACCAUGAACACAAUUUGCAUCGACAGGUUUAUUAACUGGUUUUCUCACCAUCUGAGUAACUUUCAGUUCCGCUGGAACUGGGAAGACUGGGCAGAUUGUAUUCCCCAGGACAUAGACAGACCGAAGCCCCAGUUUGUCAAAGAGGUUUUAGAGAAAUGCCUGAGGCUUUCCUAUCACCAACAGAUUUUGGACAUAGUGCCUGCGACAUUUUCAGCAUUGUAUCCCGCAGCUCCCAAAUGCAUCUUCAAAUAUGGAGAUGAAAGUGCCAGUUCUUUGCCCGGAUAUGCUAUUGCUAUCAACGUAUUGAAUCUAAUAAAAAAUAAGGCUGGCAACGACGAGAUUUUUAAUGUUUUAAAAGACGUACCAAAUCCCAACCAAGAUGAUGACGAUGAUGAGGGCAUGAGCUUCAACCCCCUCAAAAUCGACGUUUUUGUACAGGCAUUACUGCACUUGGCAUCAAAGUCGUUUAGUCAUUCGUUUAGUGCUAUUGCAAAGUUUCAUGAAGUCUUUAAAGCGCUCGCGGACUCAGAUGAAGGAAAGCUUCAUAUUCUGAGAGUGGUUUAUGAUGUCUGGAAAAAUCACCCGCAGAUGAUUGCUGUAUUGGUUGAUAAGCUGAUACGGACUCAGAUUGUUGACUGUGCUGCCGUUGCCACGUGGAUUUUCUCCCCUGAAUUGUCACUCGAUUUUACCAGGUUAUACAUAUGGGAAAUCUUGCAUUCCACAAUUCGAAAAAUGAACAAGCAUGUCCAGAAAAUCCAAAAGGAGUUGGAGGACUUAAAACAACGACUGGCCAAGCAGAGCAAACAUAGGGACAGUGAUGACAAUGAUGAUAGCGGGAAGGAGGAUGGCCCCCUGGAAGAACAGAUAGAACGUUUACAGGAAAAAGUGGAAGCUGCUCAGAGUGAACAAAAGAACCUGUUCCUUGUCAUUUUUCAGAGGUUUAUUAUGAUCCUUACGGAACACUUGGUGCGCUGUGAAACUGGAGGCAUUGAUGUGAAUACUCCAUGGUAUAAGAACUGUAUACAAAGACUUCAGCAGAUUUUCCUUCAGCAUCACCAGAUAAUAAAUCAGUACAUGGUCACCCUGGAGAAUCUCUUGUUCACAGCCGAGUUGGACCAUCACAUCUUGACUGUGUUCCAGCAGUUCUGUGCGUUACAAGGUUAAGAGCUACUUUCAGGGAGUCUACCCAGGAGCCCACUUAGAAAAAGACAGUUUUCAGUAAAUUGAAGCUCCUUCAGUGAAUACUCUAAUCACAGAAAGCUCUUUAAGAAGUGUUUGGACUAAACUUUUUU